CAUAAACAUAAAAAGAGUAAGAAGAGAAGUAGCAAAAAGCAAAAGAAGAAGAGAUACUCAGACACAGAAAGUGAGUCUUUAUCAGAAAGUGAAAAGGAAGAAGAGCCGGAAAAGAUUUUGGAUAAAUCUCAAUUGGAAACCUCAGAGGAUCUUUGGGUAGAAAAACAAGUGGAUCUUCCUCAAGAUCUGGCACCUAUUGGUCCUGUUCCUUUAAUUGAAAAUGGAAUACAUAACGAGAGACAGUAAGUUGAUAAAAACAAGCUUUAUAUCAAUAACUCAUGUUUGUAUUAGAUAUGGUAGCGCAUUACUUCCCGGUGAAGGUUCAGCCAUGGCAGCUUAUGUGCAACAGGGCAAACGUAUUCCUCGUCGUGGUGAAAUUGGCUUGAGUGGAGAUCAGAUUGCUGAAUUUGAAAAAGCAGGUUAUGUGAUGAGUGGUAAUCGACACCAACGUAUGAAUGCGGUUCGUCUUCGUAAAGAAAACCAAGUUAUUUCAGCUGAAGAAAAACGACUAGUAUUACAACAUGCACAGGAACAGAAACUUCGACGAGAAAAUGAAAUCAUUUCAGGCUUUAGAGAAAUUUUGGGUGAAAAGCUCAAGAAAGAAUAAAAUCAAUAACAAUUACACUUUUGUUGAUUAUCAAUCUUUUUUUAAAAUACAAUGAAAAUGACAUAUGUUAAGCACCACUCUAACAUUUUA